GGCCGCGGCGAUUAUAUUCUCACCAUUGUACACACGCAUAGAAAGAGAGAGAGAGAGAGAGAGAAGGAGAAAAAGAGAAUACAAACCCACCGUCGGUACGGUGCAUUCUAUUAUUCAAUCAAUCGCUCCUCUUCUCUAUGAUCAAUCUUUUUUCUUAACGUUCUCCUGUCGUUCCGGUCUCAUCUUCCGGACAGGACGAUCCUUCGGAAACGACUCGAACUCCGCGAAAAAUCUCCUGAACAAUUCUCGCCGGAAACAAUCAUGUUAUAAUCAAUUUUGUUCUUCGUUCUGCCUCGAUUGAGAAUAACAUUACGUGUGGUUCGUUACGGUCUUGCAAAUUUAACGCUACUCAUUGAUGUACAAACGUCCGCAACUUCAUUGUCUUAUAAUCAGUGCGUGUCUUAUUGUAUCAGAAGAUUAAAUAAGUACGAAGUCUUAUUCCUAUUCAUAGUUCCGUCGUCCGAUUCUUGACGAUUCGAGCACCAUGGCUGUGUUUAUUUAGCUGCUCGACCGGCUAUUUCGAACCGGAAGUCCCCACGGAUUUGGCGAGCUCAGAUUCUGAUGAAUCUACUUGAAAAACGUGCUGCGAAGAGAAUCAACGAACAAGGAAAAGUAGAAGAUGAGUUAGAGAGGAAACGUGCUCGGGAGUAGCGCCGCUGCAUUCUUCCUGUAAAAGACUUUCGACCGAGCGGUUCACCGGCACUUCCGGUAUGCAGUGAGGCUUCCAUUGGGCCUUGACAGUGAUCGAAAAAUCCCCUUCCUCCGUAUCCUUCGCCGUAAAAAUCGAGGAUUCAGUGAUCGCGGAGUGUUCACCGGGCAACCAAUAACGCCGCGUGCAUUCAAACUCGCCACGGAAAAUAGCGAUACGGAAAUAAUCGUCCGGGAAACAAGGCGAACGGAUCGCUCAAGUUUGUUCGUUGAGACAGUGAAAGAUUCGAGGAUCGUGAACCAUCUUGUGGUGCGAAAGAGAAAAUAAGCCUCACGUGAUUGUGAUUUGAAAGAAUUAGGGUGGUGGCUAAUAAAUACCACGUGCAAAUUCGAGAUCUACGCUUACGAGAUAUAUCAGAAAUUACGGUUCCACCGCUCCGCGGACGGGAUGAUAUGAGCACGAUCGGCAGACUAAGGAUGUCCUCGAAGAGGAAGUCACCACCAACGAAGCUAUCGGAGGGCGGGGGCGGUGCGAGCGGAGCGGCAGGUGCCGAGGAGGAAGAGGACACGAGUUCGCCGGUGGCAGGCGUAGACAGCGAAGUAUCGCCUUGUGGAGGAACUGUAGGUGAAGGAGUGGCAAUAGUCGGCGAUCGUAUGAGCGAAAGGAUACACGGGGUGAUCGGUUUGACUGAUGAUUCGGGAGUAAUGGUCGAUCGUCUAGAAGAGCCUUGUUAUCCUCAUCAACGCAUCGGGGGUGACUGCGGUGCCUCGUCCGGAUGUUCAUCGCCAGCGACGACGAGCGAACCUGAGUUACGUGAUGAUCGAUCGUCGUCGCCCGUUUCACCUCCUGCCUCGAAGCGCUCGAGGCUUUCUCUCGCGGCGAGCAACAAUCACCAGGACCAUUUGUCCUAUCAACAGCAGGCCCAUCAUCAGCACCAUCAUCCUCACAAUCAACACCAACACCAGCACCCCCAUCAUCAACAUCACCAUCCGCAUCAUCACCACCAUCAUACGAACGCAACAAGUGCCACUAACCAAGAACCGACCAACUCUUCCGAGUGCGGCUCGCCACCGAGCCUCCUAGGCGACCCCUAUUACCCUCACCAUCCACAUCACAACAAUAAUAACAGUGUUACGCAAAACAAUAACAAUAACAACGGAGCUGGACCGACCUCUGCUGGUAGCAAAAGAUCAAUGGAUGACGUCCUCAAAAGGCUGACGUGCAAAAAGAACAGUGGAUCCGUCGCUCUUCAGGAUGAGAACAACGCGAGAAGAACACCUCCUCCGUCCUCUACUCCGACGAGUCACAAUACGCAUAGCAGUGGGAGCAGCAGCGUUUCGAACAGCGUCGCACCUUCGCCACCCGGAAAUGGAAGGUUACCAAAUACAGACGGACAGCAGGACGGUGCUGCCGCCCUUCACAGGGUUCUCUGCGCCGAGAGCUUCGCCGAAAAGGAGCGCCGACUUUCCGAAAUGAUUUUGCAACUUCAAUUCUUACGAGAACAGCUGGUACAGCAGCAAGAUCUCUCGAAGCCGUAUCCGGGUCACAUGGGCGUCGAUUCGCAGAAACAAAUGGAGCUGCAACGAUUACAAACGGAACAUUUGAAACGGCAACAAGAGCACAUAAUGCAACACAACAUCCAAGAACUUCAGGCCCAGAUAACAAAGGGCCAAAUGAAUAUGCCAGGUCCGCAGUCACUCAUGUUCCUACCUUUUCUCGAGCAGAUACGAGGGUUGUCGGUGUCCUCGAUGCCACCGCCGACGUCGACCGCUACGACCGGAAACAAACAUAUCAACUCGAUCGCCAAUAUGAUCAACAGUCACAGAGAAGGCCAGAGCUGGGCGACCGCUCAUUUGGCGCAAAUAACGACACAAAUGGAGAAGGAAAGAUCACCGACUCCGGUAUCGUCGGCUGCAACGCCGAGCGCGGCACCACUUCCGGAUCCCGACGCACCGCUUAAUCUCACAAAACCAAAAUCCUCCUCGUCAUCCGGGGUGCCAGCCUCAUUCUCUCCGGAAAGCGACUCCCACUCGACCGGGGCAGGGAGCAGUGGACACCAGGAACAACCACUGACGGCAACGGCACCAAAAAUCUUCCCUUCUGGUUUAUCCAUGCCAAGGAAUUAUCUACCGAGCCUACCAUAUCCGCCUCAUCUCGGCUCACUCUCCUCACCGAUGGGAAAAAGCAUGUGCAAGGAAGAAUCGAGUGGACCAGGUGGAUCAGCUGCCGCAGCGGCGGAAAAACACUUCGUCAUGCACGGUAUUUACGGCAUGCCACCGAAUCCGGGAGCGAUAGCACCCUCCUCGCAGUCCCAACGACCUAUCAAACAUUCCGGUGCCCGGGAUGAAUCACAGCAGGAAGAGCAAGACUAUCUCUCGGCGCAGCAAAUGUGGCGAGAUCCAUCAUACAAAGUCCCCGAGGACAUUACGGAAAAAGCCAAAAUGGUGAGGCAGCAGAAACGUGAAAACGAGAAUAAGCCGCAUAUCAAACGACCCAUGAACGCAUUCAUGGUUUGGGCGAAAGACGAACGUAGAAAAAUUCUUAAGGCGUGUCCCGACAUGCACAACUCAAACAUAUCAAAAAUACUCGGUGCCCGGUGGAAGAACAUGUCGAAUUCCGAAAAGCAGCCGUACUACGAGGAGCAAUCGCGUCUGUCGAAGCUCCACAUGGAAAAACACCCGGACUACAGGUACAGGCCCCGCCCGAAACGCACGUGUAUAGUCGAUGGGAAGAAAAUGAGAAUAUCAGAGUACAAGUCGCUGAUGCGGCAGCGAAGGCAGGAGAUGCGGCAGCUUUGGUGCAGGGACGGUGGUCCGGACAUGGGUUUCCUGUCGCCGGUCAGUUCGGAUCUCGGUGGUCAGCAUCAUCAAACGGGUCCAGGGCCAUCGGCAAGGCCAUCGGUGUCGCCGCCGGCGGCGCUGCUGAACGGGACAGCGGGUCCGAGUCAGGACCAUCCGUCGUUUUAUUAUCCCCAGGACAGCCUGUCGCCGACCGACAUGAUGAACUUUUCGCCCGAUAAUUCAGGCUCGAUCGGUGGUUACGACGCGAGUCCGCGGCAGCAUCACGACGAGGAUUGAACCGCAGCUCCGGGUCAGCCGAUUUGGCCACCCGGAGCGGCAAGACUAGCACGCGAGCUUUUCUGGUAGAGAUUUUGCUUAAUUGCGUGUACGUUAACUACCUUCGGACGUACGACGUUGCAAACAAACGAAAAAGAAAGACGAGCGCUCCGCGCGAGGGCAUCAUUUCCGAGUGGUUUCGGAUCGUGGCUACCGAUUCGUCGGGAUCCAAAAGCCAGAGUGACGCAUCGGAGACUACGAUUGACGGAAACUUCCAUCGCGAGGGGGUGAGAAAAAAACGAUCGUUUGGGUUUACGAUGUUCGCUUGAAGCGUGACGAGAAAUCGGCUUCCCGACGAUAAACGAACGUACUAGGAAGAGUCCUGGAGCACCACUAGCCCGGAGGAGGCCCCGGAAGGUUCGAGGUUCCUCGACGAUUUGCCAAUCGGCAAAUCGAGGGGCUCCCCACCAGACUCAAACACGCGACAGUGACACGAGAAACGGCAAGAAGAGGCAAAGAGCGAAGUAGUGUGAAAGCGUAAAACGACUGUCACGGUUCGCUGUGCCGGAGCUUAAGAAAAGGCGACGACAUCACACAAAUUCUCAAUGCUUAGUACUUAUAGUAUUCCCAUCAUUAAUUUAUUGUCUUAAUUCAUACGAGAGGAGGAAAGCAUAUACGGAGUCAAAGUGGAGAGAACAUUUUUCGGGUGAAAACGAGGAUAAAGUAGAGGCCUCGGUUUCCCUUUGUGAAAAUAUUCAACGAAUUAUUUCCAAGAUCAGUCUUAUUUAUAAACGGACAUAGCUCUACGAUCGAAUGAUAGCGAAAGGCGUUGUUACGCUUCCUUUUUCUCUCAUGUUCAUUUCCUCUCUAUUGUCGCUCCAUUCGAGUGCACAAUCUCCAAUAAUCUCUCGCACGUUACGUGCUCGGACUCUGAACACAGGAAUGUAAAAAAGGUGUAAAUAUAUGCAUACGUACGUGUAUAAAAGUGGAAUGGGACUGAAGCAUUCGAAUAAAUGAAAAUGAUAACAGUUUGGACGAGAAGCUUAAACGGUUCGUGAAACGUUGUUGAGACCCAGAGACGAAGGAAUGACAAGAUGAGAGCUAGAUGUGAUAAUACUUAUGUGCCAAAUAGCGCUUCCGGGGUCAAGGGGGUUUGAAAGAAAAAAAGUAUAAAAAAUAAAAUGUCGAAGCUCUUGAGUGGGCCCGACUCGCCUCGUUGGCUCACCGUGUAAAAAACAAACGAUAAACUUACCUAAUUUCGUUUUUACGUAUCCCCUUUUUAUCGAACCCUUUUUUUUAUUUUUUCUUUUCUUCCUUUUUCGUUAUUUAUAAUCAGUGCAAUUUAUGUGUGUUGCGUAUAUACAUAUGUAUACACGUUGGAUAUAUAUACGUAUGUACGUACAUGUACAAGGUACCUAAUGUAAUUUUAUAAAGAGAGCCAGUAUCCUCGAUGUAUCUGGGCGUAAACCCCGAUAGCACGCGCGUUUAAAACAUGCUCACACUAUAAUACAAUGGAAAAGGCACACUGAAAACACACACACACACACACAAACACAAAGACUCGAGCACACUCGAGACAUACGUGUACACUGAGAACGUGUCGCAUGAUAGGAUAGCUUAAUGUUGAUAAUAUUUAUUUAAUGUAUAUAACGAAGUUGUACAAUCCACCCAGAUGAUAGAUCAAAUUCAUUCUCGGUAAUAAUAGAGAGAAACAAAACAAAAACUAAGCGGAACGAUAUAUAGAUAGGAGAGGAAAAAAUGGGGGGAAAAUAAAGUCUUGCGUCGAUAUUAUUAGUGUACAGUGUAACUAUAUUAAUUGUGAUGUACCUACGUAGCUGUUGCGCGUAUAUUCAUUACUCGUACAUGCUCUGCGCGAGUAAUGUUCUCAUUGCGGUAGCAUCCAACGCCAUGUUGUUUUUUCCUUUCUUUUGGUCCCAUAUGAAUGAUUUUUAAAAGUGCACAUUCGAUUGGUCCUGUUGGUUUUUUUUAUUAGUAAAAUUGUAGCCUUAGUUUUUAUUGAAAAUAGGGAGGGGGAGGGGGGAGGAAGGGAUACAGAGUGAAAAUAAUACUUCGAACGGUAGAAAAGGUUGUUCGUGCCAGUCUUGAAGAGAAGACUAUUCGAGGGCGGGAAGUUGCGAUUUUUUUGAGCUUUCUAUACGUACGAUGGAGAUUAGGGGCCAAGCCACGAACUCGUCAUUCGUAUUUUUCUUUUCGUUUCGUCACAUUCGAAUAGCAAGGAAAAAGAAAAAAUAAAAGCAGAAAGACAAAUGAAAAGGAGAGAAAAGAAGAAACAGAUUUGGAGGCGCCCGGUGAAACCCAUUUUAUUUUCGUCCGAAAAAUAUAUGAUGCUGGAACUCCAACGGGUGUUCACACCACACGAAUCCAUUCGAUCUUUCUGUUCAUUGGAGUCUUAUCGCUAAUUUAAUCAAACUUUCCGGCCGAAUUGCCAUUGCCAGUUAUUAUCUCCAAAGAAACUACCACCUCCUAUCCCGGCCUCGUUUAUUCCCCACCCUUUUCCUCCUCCUUCUAUUUUUUCCUUCCUCACAAUCCACGAAACUAUUCAUCCGCACAAUUAACUUUCAGCGAAUGAUGAAGAAAAAAACUUUGAGCAAAUUGCCGUACGAAAAGUGAGAGUCCCGUUUUGCAUUUCAAUCGUGCCAUAUUUUACGUGCCCCAUUUUCCCCUUCUAGCCUGCUCAAACACAUUGUUAUUGUAUAUCGAACGAAUAAGGGCAAACGAGUAAAAGGAGAAUAAAGAAUCUGAUGCUGCCAUUGGUAUAGCGCGUUCGUCAGUUCCGGAUAUUAACACUUGUAUAUUAAGGCGUUACCGCGUCUCUAGAUCAGUACCGACCCAUACACACGCGUUAUUUGCACCUACGACACAAACAUAUCUCUCACUCGCAUUAUUUUCCCUCCUUUUUUCCGCGGAUAGUCAAAAUAAGCAAUUGGGUCAAUAUGCGACAGUAACCGGGAUUUCACUCGCUUUUACAUUUAAUCAGGCUUUAAUUAAGCGACCAGUGAACAUAAAGCGCAAAACUCUUAAAAUAUAAGCUGACGAGGAGAAUAAAAAUUGUAAAUUUAAUGCGUUUACUAACAUUAAUUAUACGCAAGAGACAAGUUAAGAAAAAUUUAAUCGAAAAAACAUAAGAAACGACUAAAGAAAACGAAUGAAUAAAUAAAACACGUCAAACUAACAUCCAAUCUCAAUAUUCCAAGCAUUCACUUCAUUUUACAUGUACGAUGUUGUUAAUUAUUCGAUAUAUAUAUAAAUAUAUACAUACAUCCGAGUAUAUAUAUAAAUAUAUAUAUGUGUAUAACCACACUCAAACACAACACGCAAACACGAAAAAACAAUAAUAAAAAAAAGUAAUGCUUUACUGAAAUUCGGAUUUAGCGGUAGGUACGGGAUUCGUUAACUCGUAGAAAAAUCUUGUACGUAUGACAUUUGUAAAUAAUCACCGGGUCAACAUCGACCGGGUUUUACGUGUGCGUGCGCGCGUGUGUGUAUGUGCGUUGUGUGCGACGAGCGCGUAAUAUAUAUACGAAAGUGUAAAGAAGAACAAUUGAAUGCAAGUAUUGAUGCCAUUGACAUUCUCAAAGCUACCUUUUAUCACACAACUCGCCUCGAACGAUCGCACGUUGUUAGCGAUUGUUAUUAAAUAACACAUCAAUCGAUAUCAAAGGCACACAAUCAAAAUAUUAUUAUUAUUAUUAUUAUUAUUGUUAUUAUUAUUAUUAUUAUCAUCAUUAUAAUUACUAUCAUCAUUACAAUUAUUAUUAUUAAUAUUAUUAUCAUUAUUAUUAUUAUUAUUAUUAGACGAAACAUUGAAAAUUUUUUAAUAAAUGACACAAACUUUCAUGGAAAUAAAAAUAAAAUAAAUGUAAUGAAGAAAUCUCUGCUAAUUGCAUUAUACAAUUGAAUUUUCAAGGAUUAAGGUAUAAUUACUACCCGUAUUUAGGAAUGCUGGACGAGUGUGCUUGUGGCUCAACGAGGCAAAAAAUGAUGUUGGAGUGAGCCAUGAAAGAAAUGAAAACAAUAAUUAAACGAAAUAAAUGAAAAAACAGAAGGAAACGAAUAAUAGGACACAGCUGAUGAACAAUGGAAAAGUCUCCCUGGGAAAUUCGUUUUAUUUUGUUUUUCUAUCUCCGAAGCUUUUCCGCUCUUUCGGCUGUUUGUAGAAAUUAAAUAACGAACCCCACGCAUUCUUAUUCGAUCGUCUUCUCGAGACGCUUUUUUCUCGUUUUAACUAUUAUCGACGCGGGUGCAUCGAUUGCGGUUCACUCGAUUUUUUGUAUAUCGUGCGUGAGCCUCCCACCCACCCCCCAGCCCCUAACCCAUACGCACCCCUCUUGCCCAACUGGACUUUGAAAGUUUUAGCGCUAUUCGGCUGUGACCAAACGAUAGAAGAGGCGCUUAAAUUCUCGUACGAAAGGAUGAGAGAAAAAAAAAAAGUAAUGAGAAAUACGAUGAAAAAGUAAACAAGCUGUAUUUAUUGUCGCAGAAAGUUUUUCGUAGUUGGAAUAUAUAUAUAUAGAAAACAUAGGGUAAUACGAAUAUGAAGAAAUAAAUAAAUAAAGAAAAAUAAGUUGUCACACAUCAAUGAUGAAUUGCCAGUCGUGGAAAAAUAAUGCGUAAAAAAUAAAAUAAAUACAACUAUCCUGGAUGAGACUCUUCCUCGUGGGAUAGUACAUCAAAAUUGCACUGUAUUCGCAUAGGAGAACAGCGCGCUAUUAUAAACAUAGAUGUAUCAUUAUAUUUAUUAUAAUAAUUUAAAAAUUAGGUACUCUUUGUUGUUUGUAUUUUACAACCGUAAUCAUUAUUACAUAUAAAUAAACGACUAUAUAAAUGA